AUGGGACUCAAGCACCUCGAGUACCUCGCCGUGCCGUCCACUCUGACCAAUGGCAAGGUGUUCGGGUGCAGACGGUGCAAGACCCACCUCACAACGAGCGAGCAGAUCGAAUCAAAGAACUUCAACGGCCAGCACGGGCGGGCGUACCUCUUCACCAAUGUCGUCAACAUCUGCACCGGUCCAGCCGAGGACCGACCAAUGACGACGGGAUUGCACACGGUCCGAGACGUCAUGUGCGCAAAGUGCGGCGAGACGCUCGGCUGGAAGUAUGACAAGGCAUACGAGGCGAAUCAGAAGUACAAGGAGGGCAAGUUCAUCCUCGAGCGAGCAAUGUGGACCGACGUUCAAUGA